AGGAGCGCGGCGCGGGGCUCCAAGAUGGCUUUGGCCGGGCUGUGCUCGCUGCUGGCCGGCUGCUGCCUGGCCGCGGGCAGCGGCCCCGCCGAGGCGGCGGCGGAGGCGGCGGCCAAGGAGCUGGAGUGCAAACUGAAGAGCAUCACGGUGUCGGCGCUGCCCUUCCUGCGGGAGAACGACCUCAGCAUCAUGCACGGCCCCUCGGCCGCCGAGCCCAAGCUGCUCUUCUCGGUCCGCAACGAUUUCCCCGGCGAGAUGGUGGUGGUGGAUGACCUGGAGAACACGGAGCUGCCCUACUUCGUGCUGGAGAUCUCAGGCAACACGGAUGACAUCCCCCUGGUGCGCUGGCGGCAGCAGUGGCUGGAGAAUGGCACGUUGCUCUUCCACAUCCACCAUCAAGAUGGGGCCCCCAACCUGCCUGGCUUCGACCCCACAGAAGAACCCCAGACUGAGUCAGCAGAGGAGGAGCUGCGGAUCCUCCACAUCUCUGUCAUGGGAGGGAUGAUCGCCCUGCUGCUGUCCAUCCUCUGCCUGGUGAUGAUCCUCUACACCCGCCGGCGCUGGUGCAAGCGGCGCCGGGUACCRCAGCCGCAGAAGAGCGCCAGCGCCGAGGCUGCCAACGAGAUCCACUACAUCCCAUCGGUGCUGAUCGGGGGCCACGGGCGGGAGAGCCUGCGCAACGCCCGCGUGCAGGGCCACAACUCCAGCGGGACGCUCAGCAUCCGAGAGACCCCCAUCCUGGACGGCUACGAGUACGACAUCACCGACCUGCGGCACCACCUCCAGCGCGAGUGCAUGAACGGCGGAGAGGACUUUGCCAGCCAGGUCACCCGCACUCUGGACUCGCUGCAGGGCUGCAAUGAGAAAGCCAGCAUGGACCUCACACCAGGGAGCGAUAAYGCCAAGCUGUCCCUGAUGAACAAGUACAAGGACAACAUCAUUGCCACCAGCCCCGUGGACUCAAACCACCAGCAGGCCACGCUGCUGUCCCACACCUCCAGCAGCCAGCGCAAGCGCAUCAACAACAAAGCGCGAGUGUCCCCUGCAGCUGGCUCAGCAUUUCUCAACCCCGAGGGGGACUCAGGGACAGAGGCAGACACCGAUCCCCAGCUGACUUUCUACACGGACCCCUCACGGAGCCGGAGGCGCAGCCGAGUGGGGUCCCCCCGAAGUCCCGUGAACAAGACCACGCUGACCCUCAUCAGUGUGACGAGCUGUGUCAUCAGCCUGGUGUGCUCCUCCCACAUGAACUGCCCCCUUGUUGUCAAGAUCACCCUCCACGUCCCUGAGCAUCUGAUUGCUGAUGGAAGCCGGUUCAUCCUGCUGGAGGGAAGCCAGCUGGAUGCCAGUGACUGGCUGAACCCGGCACAGGUCGUCCUCUUCUCCCAGCAAAACUCCAGCGGGCCCUGGGCCCUGGACCUGUGCGCCCGGCGCCUCCUGGACCCCUGCGAGCACCAGUGUGACCCCGAGACUGGGGAAUGUCUCUGCUAUGAAGGUUACAUGAAGGAUCCUGUGCACAAGCACCUCUGCAUCCGGAACGAGUGGGGAACRAACCAGGGGCCUUGGCCAUACACUAUCUUCCAGCGUGGCUUUGACUUGGUGCUGGGCGAGCAGCCAUCUGACAAGAUUUUUCGGUUCACCUACACCCUGGGGGAGGGCAUGUGGCUGCCCCUGAGUAAAAGCUUCGUCAUCCCACCGGCCGAGCUGGCCAUCAACCCCUCGGCCAAGUGCAAGACUGACAUGACGGUGAUGGAGGACGCAGUGGAGGUCAGGGAAGAGCUGAUGACCUCGUCCUCCUUCGACAGCCUGGAGGUCCUUCUUGACUCCUUYGGCCCCGUUCGUGACUGCUCCCGGGACAACGGGGGCUGCAGCAAGAACUUCCGCUGCAUCUCGGACCGCAAGCUGGACUCCACGGGCUGUGUGUGCCCGACAGGACUGAGCCCCAUGAAGGAYGGCACGGGCUGCUAUGACCGUCACGUCGGCGUGGACUGCUCCGAUGGCUUCAACGGGGGCUGCGAGCAGCUGUGCCUGCAGCAGAUGGUGCCCCUGCCUGAAGACCCCCUGCUCUACAACAUCCUCAUGUUCUGCGGGUGCAUUGAGGACUACAAGCUGGGCACGGACGGGCGAUCGUGCCAGCUGAUCUCAGAGUCGUGCCCCGAGGUGGGCAACUGCGGCGAGCCCCGCGAGCUGCCCAUGAACCAGACRCUCUUCGGGGAGAUCUUCUAUGGCUACAACAACCACUCCAAGGAGGUGGCACCAGGGCAGGUGCUCAAAGGGACGUUCAGGCAGAACAACUUUGCCCGGGGCCUGGAGCAGCAGCUGCCAGAUGGGCUGGUGGUGGCCACAGUGCCCUUGGAGAACCAGUGCCAAGAGGAGCUCUCUGAGCCCACGCCCGACCCUGAGUUCCUCACUGGGAUGGUGAACUUCAGCGAGGUGUCUGGGUACCCCCUCCUGCAGCACUGGAAGGUGCAGUCUGUCAUGUACCAYGUCCGGCUCAACCAGAUGACCAUCUCCCAGUCCUUCAGCAAUGCACUCCACUCUCUGGAUGGAGCCACUUCCCGUGCAGAUUUUGUGGCRCUGCUGGACCAGUUUGGCAACCACUACAUCCAGGAGGCAGUGUAUGGCUUCGAGGAGUCCUGCUCCAUCUGGUAUCCCAACAGGCAGGUCCAGCGGCAGCUCUGGCUGGAGUAUGAGGACAUCAGCAAAGGCAACUCCCCCUCAGACGAGUCGGAGGAGCGGGAGCGGGACCCCAAGGUGCUGACAUUCCCCGAGUACAUCGCCAGCCUGUCCGAGUCGGGCACCAAGCGCGUGGCAGCGGGCGUGCGSAUGGAGUGCCAGAGCCGCGGGCGCUGCCCCUCCUCCUGCCCACUGUGCCACGUUGCCUCCAGCCCCGACGUGCCAGCUGAGCCCAUCCUGCUGGAGGUCACCAAGGCAGCCCCUCUCUACGAGCUGGUCACCAACAACCAGACCCAGCGGCUGCUGCAGGAGGCCACCAUGAGCUUGCUGUGGUGCUCAGGCAGUGGGGAUGUCAUCGAGGACUGGUGCCGCUGCGACUCCAGUGCCUUUGGGGCUGACGGGCUGCCCACCUGUGCACCGCUCCCACACCCCAUCCUGCGUCUCUCCACCGAACACGAGCCCAGCAGCACCCUGGUGGUACUGGAGUGGGGCCAUUCAGAGCCCCCCAUUGGGGUGCAGAUCGUCGACUACCUCCUCCGUCAAGAGAAAGUCACUGACAGAAUGGACCACUCCAAGGUGGAGACAGAGACGGUGCUGAGCUUCGUGGAUGACAUCAUCUCUGGUGCCAAGUCACCCUGUGCCAUGCCAGCCCAAGUGCCUGACAGACUCUCCUCCACCAUCUCCCUCAUCAUCCGCUGCCUGGAGCCUGACACCACCUACAUGUUCACACUCUGGGGAGUUGACAACACAGGAAGACGUUCCAGGUCCAGUGAUGUGACGGUCAAGACGCCCUGCCCUGUGGUAGAUGAUGUGAAAGCUCAAGAAAUAGCAGACAAGAUCUACAACCUCUUCAACGGCUACACAAGUGGCAAGGAGCAGCAGACAGCCUACAACACUCUGCUGGACCUGGGCUCCCCCAGCCUCCACCGRGUCCUUUACCACUACAACCAGCACUACGAGAGCUUUGGGGAGUUCACCUGGCGCUGUGAAGAUGAGCUGGGGCCCAGGUGCAGCAGCAAGGAUGGGAGCAGUGCCAUCUGCCAGACACUGUCUACUGUGACACUGCCAGGAAAACCCUGGACACCCCAUGCAUUCACACCUGCCUAGGUUAGUUUUUCAUCUGGCCCCAAGAUUUAUGCCGAGGCUCUACAGAUAUUUCUGUUCUACUGCUGUGCUGACACUUCAAAGCUGUUGCAUGGGCAGCUAAAGCCCUGCAGCAUCAUCACUUGGCUGGGCUGGACUUUGCUCCCUGGGCUCUGGCUUCCCCAUGGGCUGGGAUUUGGAGGCUGAGGGGAAAGCCACCCCUCCAAAGUCCUUUGGCAGCACCCUUGCACAGCUGGAUGGGGCUUAGCAUCCCCAUCCCAUGACAGACUGUGCAGGCUCUGGCAGGGCUGGGCUCUGCCACUUUGCCUGCCAUGGUGCCCCUGCAGCCACUGUGCCAGCAGCACCUGCCAGUCUGGCACGUCUGUGGGGCCAUUCUCAUGGUGGCUCUAGCUUUGUGAAGACUUCCUUCUUGCUUUCCUCGCUCUGGUUUUGCAAGUCAGAACCUUGYCCAAGGUUGCAUUUUCUUGCCCAAKUCUCUCAGCCACCACAGGAGUCCAUCUUAGACAAAUGCCAGCAUCCACCAUGGGGACCGGACCAGAGCUGGGGCUGCUGUAGACCUGGCCUUGGUGGGAUGUGUUGUGUGGGGCUUGCUCACCUAACACACAUGUGCCCUGGUCUAGUGGAAGGUGUCCCUGCMCAUGGCAGUGGGUUGGAAUGAGAUGAUCUUUAAGGUCCCUUCCAAGUGAAACCAUUCCAUAACCCUGUGGUUCCCUGCAGAGCUGACUCCAUCCGCAUCUGCUGUGCGGUCCUGCUGUUGGGCCUGCACAAUAUUUUCUCUCCUGGACUCCCAAUUAUUCCCAAGCUGCCAGCAACAUGAAACUGGACAAGACUGUUUUCCAUCCAUUUCUGCAACCUUUUUCACCCCCCUACCCUUUCUUUUUGUUUUAUUUCUGAAUUAAUGAGCAAUCACUCACCUGAGAUGAACCUCUGGGUCAUUAACGUUUCUUUGCUGCGUCCGUACCCCUUUAAUAGCAUUACUAUCUUUUACUUGUCGUGGAGUUAUUUAACAUAUAAAGAUGGUUUGAUCCUUUUCUUUACAAAAAUGGCUAUGAUUCAUGUUCCUUGAUGUUCUAUUAAAACUCUAAUGUGACGUUUUACUACUGUAGAUUGAAAGUAGGGUGCUUUAGGGUAAGAUAGCCAUGUGGCAAGAAACACAAAACCCUUCUGGAUUACUUCAAAAAAACAAUUWAAAAAAAAGGUUUUAAACAACAGCAACAAAAAUCAUUGUAACACUAUGUAAAACUCCAGAUCAUAAUUUAACUGACUAUUAAAUUGAGCUGUUAGUAAU